UUAUGCUUUGACAGCCCACGUCCCUCAGUACGAAAAUUUGCGAAAAAGUGGCUAUCAAACCGAAAAACUUGCAAAGUUAACUCGGAAAGGUGUAGAUUUCUUUAAAAUUGUGUCGUUCUCGUAAAGUAGUCGCGGAUCCAUCAGCUGCAACUGCAUUUCGUUGGCAGGAUGGCCUUUUCGGUGCUUAAUUCGGUAGUUAAGCGGGCGGCUUCGAAUGUUUAUAUAACCAAUUGUUUGCUGAAAAACAGUGGAGCUUUAUAUAAUUCCCAGCAGGUUCGCAAUGCCGGGAAGUGGUUCCCGGACUCCGAGUUUAUCCAGCAGUUCAACUCGGCCGUAAUGUACCCGGACGAGGUUACGUCCAAAUGGAAGCUGCCUCCGUGGAACAGCAAGAUCGCUCCGGUCGAGAAGACAGUGCGAAAUGUUAAGCUGAACUUCGGUCCUCAGCAUCCAGCUGCUCACGGUGUGCUGCGUUUGGUUUUGGAGCUGGAUGGUGAAACCGUAAUGCGGGCUGAUCCGCACAUUGGUCUUUUGCAUCGCGGUACCGAGAAGCUUAUCGAGUAUAAGACGUAUACUCAAGCGUUGCCGUAUUUUGACCGGUUGGAUUACGUUUCGAUGAUGUGUAAUGAGCAGUGUUAUUCUUUGGCGGUGGAGAAGCUGCUGAACAUCGACGUUCCAUUGCGGGCCAAGUAUAUUCGUGUACUGUUUGCGGAGAUAACUAGGAUUCUAAACCAUAUUAUGGCUAUCGGAACUCAUGGAUUGGAUGUGGGUGCUAUGACUCCGUUCUUUUGGCUGUUCGAGGAACGCGAGAAAUUAAUGGAGUUUUAUGAGCGUGUGUCCGGUGCCCGUAUGCAUGCUGCAUACAUUCGACCGGGUGGAGUUUCGUUGGAUAUACCGCUUGGACUGUUGGAUGAUAUUUACGAAUUUUCUGCCAAGUUUGGAGAGCGGUUGGAUGAGGUAGAGGAUGUUCUUACAACCAACCGCAUCUGGGUGCAGCGUACGCAAGAUAUUGGCGUUGUAUCAGCUGAGGAUGCUUUGAACUACGGUUUUAGUGGUGUGAUGCUCAGAGGAUCUGGAAUUAAGUGGGAUCUUCGCAAGUCCCAGCCGUAUGAUGUUUAUGAUCGGAUGGAAUUUGAUGUUCCGAUUGGAACCAAGGGUGAUUGCUACGAUCGCUAUUUGUGCCGUGUUGAAGAAAUGCGUCAGUCCCUGCGUAUUAUCGAUCAGUGUCUGAACCAGAUGCCAGCUGGAGAAAUCCGAACGGACGAUGCUAAACUGUGUCCGCCGACCCGUGCCGAAAUGAAGAACUCUAUGGAAGCGCUGAUUCAUCACUUCAAGUUGUUUACUCAGGGCUACCAAGUACCGCCAGGAUCCACGUACACCGCUAUCGAAGCCCCUAAGGGAGAGUUUGGGGUCUACUUAGUCUCCGAUGGAUCCAGCAAACCGUACCGCUGCAAAAUCAAGGCUCCGGGUUUUGCCCAUCUGGCGGCACUUGAUAAAGUUGGCAGACACCACAUGCUUGCUGAUAUCGUGGCUAUUAUUGGAACACUGGACGUCGUGUUCGGUGAAAUCGAUCGUUAAUAAUUGUUAUACGAAGCAAACGAACAGUAGACAGACAUAGUGCGCGCUGAAAUCAAAUUUUAACUGAGAUAUUUCGUGUAAACUAUUGAAGUAAACAGCGGAAGAAUAAAGAACUUGUUUGUGGAAUGAAAA